AUGACCGAGGACAGCAGCGAGAAUCGCCGCAUGUCGUCGUCCUCUAACCACGAAGCGCCACCGCCGCCCUUGCCCACGAACGUGCAGGUGGCGGUGCGUUGCCGUCCACUCAAUAGCCGCGAGAAGGCGGCUGGACGUGGCGCCGUCCUACAAUGUAAACCCAACUCGAACGAGCUCGCUGUGGUCAAGCGCAAGACAUACACUUUCGACCGCGUCUUCGGACAGUACUCGACUCAGAAGGACGUAUUCACGUCCGUAGUACGCCCCGCGGUGGACGAGGCUCUCGCUGGCUACAACUGCACAGUCUUCGCCUAUGGCCAGACGGGCACAGGUAAGACGUACACAAUGCAGGGCGACUUGUCUCCGGGCAGCGAGUCGGCUGGCAUCAUCCCGCGCAGCGUGCACUGCAUUUUCGACGCUCUGGAGGCCAGAGGAGAGGAGUUUAGUGUUCGUGUGUCCUUCCUGCAACUCUACAACGAAGAACUCAAGGACUUAUUGGACCCAGACACGGACAAGAAGCUGAGACUGAUGGAGGACGUCAAAAGAGGCGGGAUCUACUGCAUGAACUUGCUGGAAAUCACCGCCACCACAGCUAAACACGUGUACGAGCUCGUCAAUACAGGCGUGAAGAAUCGCAUCACGUCGGAGACGCUGAUGAACGAGAACUCGAGUCGCUCGCAUAGUAUUUUCACCAUUAGGAUUCACAGCAAGGAGCACAACGCAGCAGGAGAGGAUCUACUUCGCGUAGGGCAGUUAAACCUGGUGGACCUGGCAGGUUCUGAGUGCGUGGGUCGCUCGGGAGCUCGCAAUGCCAGAGCGCGCGAGGCUGGAACGAUCAACCAGAGUUUAUUGACGUUGGGACGUGUCAUUACGGCCCUGGUGGACAACCUCCCGCACGUCCCGUAUCGCGAUAGUAAGCUUACGCGCUUGCUGCAGGAAUCCCUUGGAGGACGGGCGAAGACGACGAUUAUUGCAACGUUAGCUCCAUGUGCUGAUAGCCUUGAUGAGACUCUGAGUACACUGGAGUAUGCAUUCCGUGCCAAAAACAUCAAGAAUAAGCCUGAGUUGAACCAAAAGAUGACCAAGGCUGGACUGCUGAGUGAUUUUGGGAGUGAGAUCGAGACGCUUCGCUCUGCUUUGCGCGCUGCAAGACUGAAAGACGGCGUGUAUCUUCCGCUGGAACAGCUCACGGAUAUGCAAGAGCGGUUAGCUGGUCAGGGCGCGCAACUGGGGGAGCUGGAAGAGAUGCUCAAGGCGAGAGAUUCGUCUUGCAAAGAGCUUGAAGAAGUCGCUGAAAAACAUGCGAGCGAGGUGGCAACACUGACACAAGAGAAACAGGAGGUGAGCAACAAAUUAGCUGCCACUGAAGGUGAACUUACGUCUGCUAAAGAAACGCUGGAGAAGACAACACAAGAGCUGCAACAAGUCCAUGCGGUGCUGAAAGAUUUUCAAGAUAACGAGAAGACGCUACUUGCAAAUGGAGCUGCUGCCGCCAAGCUGUACAGUGAAAGUGACAAGCGCGCCGCUCAGCUUGUGACGAAGAUUGAGAACUCCCAGCGCGCAGAGGAAGCGAACACAGCAUUGGCAACUUCGUAUCGAAGUGACUCGCAGUCGCAGAUUAACAUGUUCCUGGAGCGGCUGGCAAAACACAAGAAAAAUCAAGAUGGGAUGUUUCAGGAUGUGUCGAACGCUCUACGUGAGCUGCAGACAGGUCACUCAACCGACGUGGAUGGUUUGGUCACGAGUCUGAAUGCACUUCAAGGUCUUGUCGAAGAGCGCAGAGCGCAGACUUCCAAAUCAUUCGCUGACGAUGACAACGAAAGCCGUGCUCAGCGAGAAGAAGUGGUCUUGUCGAUGAAAGAACAGCAGGAAAUGAUGCAGCAACAGCUCGAGAAGUUUGUUGAUAUGUCGAAGAGCCACGCUACUGCUAUCACUGAAGACCUGGCUUCGUCUAAAUCACGGACGGUGUCAUUCCUGGAGAGCGUACAGUCAACAUUGGAGGGUUCUCGCCAAGAGUUGAGUAACUUCCUGACCGAGCAAAGCGACAAGCUGCUAGAACUUCAGGUUGCAAUCGACAUGUCAAUCGAGAAACAAUCCAAGAAACUUGACGAAAGCAAGACGGCACUCACAGCUGCGCUGAAGGACAGUCAAGCUCAGCAGCAAGAGGAACUAAACGGCAUGAAGGCACAUCUAGCUCAGUACAUCGACGAGUGUAUCCAAAGCCAAGCACAGAAGCUCGACGAGCAGACCUUGAUCAUUGAAGGAAACGCUAAGAAACAGCACAAACAGCUCUCGUAUAUUCAGACAAUCACGGAGCAAGAAAUGAAGGGCUUCGUGCAGGCCAUAGGUGGUCAAAACUCAAAACACGAAAGCGAGACGGCUGGGCUUCGCGAGCGUUUGUCUGAGAUGCGAGGGCAACUUGGUGAGACUACUGCACGGCAAAUGGAGCUCAUUCAGUCGCAUGAGCAAUCGCAGACUGCGUGGAGUAGCGAUGCUGCUAGUCUCGCUAGAAAGCACACGGAAGUCAUGUCUUCUCUGAUGAAAAACCACUCGAAGACUGAUGCUGAAGUCUCGAAUAAGCGGCAAGAGCAAUUGAUGCAGUUCUUAGGCGAUCAUGAAGAGCUCCGACAGCUAUUGAAUGGCGGGUGCAAGGCGUUGGAGGAAGGACUUCAUACAAAAAUUGCGAACACGAAGGACAAACUUGAGUCAGCAGCAGAACUUGGAAAGGAAAUUGUUGGAGAAGCCACUGAAUCAUCUACGCAGCAAUUACAGGCAAUGGAGACGUACAUGAAGAAGAGAAAGAUUAAUGAACGGACGGGAAAGACCCCAAUGAAAAAGGAUGACCGGCCAUUCCCUUCCUUUGGGGCUACCAAGGUUUCUGAACCGAUUUCUGGUCACAAGCGAAGGAGAUUGAGCGAUGCAAGUACUAUCAACACCACCCCGUCCAAACUCAGGAAGGUAGGGUCUUCCGCGCUACACAAAAAGAAACCGGUGGUCGCCCACCCGCAUAGGAGCAUGAAGGUGUCAAGUGCAGGACCUCGCAAAACGACAAAAACGUCCGCCCUUGCUGCCCCAAAGCGGUAUCGCGCCAAGUCGCCUCUAGGAGAGACCUCCAAUUCCCGUUAG